AUGCAGUCUAUGCUUGCGCUCGUGGGCUUGGCCCUGGCUAAUCUUGCCACUGCCGGUCCUUGUAAGCCCAGUGGGCCAACAUUGGUUUCCAGUCUUGCAGUUACAUCCUCCAUCCCGACCGACAUUUCCGAAACCUCCGAAGUCCCCAGCUUGACAGUUCCCCAAUCGACGACUACAACUCAAGAGGUCGAUAUCAUCAUCACCAACGCCAUUGAAGGAGGUAGCUUCGCCGCCCGCAAUGCCAACAACCCACCCAGUGGACUUACAAACUUCGGUGCAUCCGGAAACGCUGAAUUUCACGAGGGAGGUUGCUACAAGGUUGAUGGUAGUCCCGAUGAUGGUUGCGCUGCAUUGACUGCCUCUGGGAACCCGGCUGGAAAGCGAGACACUGGAUCGUUUGCUAGUAUCUGGCAGACUCUCAACUCGCUGAGCACUGUCUCUCAGAGGAAGUACACCGUUCAAUUCUACUACCUCGUCGCUUCGGCUGGUAGCCAGGAUUGUACCGUCACUGCAGCUCUGGGCAACAAGCAGUUCUACUCGCAGUCUCUUUCCUCUGUCGGAACUAGCGUGUCUUGGACUCAUGUUCUUGAGCAAGUUGACGCUGAAUCUGCUUCUGCCACUUUUGCCAUCUCCAUGACUUGUUCUGGUAACGGCAUCUCUGUUAUCUUGGUCGACUCAAUUUUCAUCUCCAAUCAAGUCACCCCAGCCAACAUUGGCAACUUUGUCCUCGACUUCGGCGUGCCCACUACAAACCCUGUUACAACAUCCGAGUCCCUGCCAACAUCUACCGAGCGAACCAUCGAGCCCGGGACGACCUCUGCCAGUUCCUCAUCGGAGGUCUUUACUGAGAGAACCAUGCCCGAGACCACUACCACCUCUCCCCCCAACACCGACACUACACGUCCCCCUCAACCCACCGAAACCGCCUGCAAACCAACGUGCGAACUCCGUGCCGGCUUCGACAAUACUCCCGAAUGGAACUGCAGAGUCUACGGCCUCUACAGUGGCUUGACAUAUCAGCUCCCCAACCAAGACGACGACGAGACACGGCCUUGGUAUGACGGCGCCGAAGACUGUGCCGAGAUCUGCAAGACGCUGCCUGGUUGCAAAUCAGCGGGUUACAUGUUUGCUCCCAGGAAGUGUUUCUUCUCAAACAAUGUUGUUACUCAUUCCGAGGUUCGAAAUAUGAUGGAUGAUGGUGUUGAUGUUGAUUGGUAUGGCAUGGAUUGCUUCGCAUGCUCUGCCUGUGAGCAUGGAGCUGCGAAGACAACUGUUGCUGAGGUUUCUUCUACGCCUGUCAACACUGAUACUACUAUCGCCCCCGAGCCAACCUUUACUACCAGAACAUCUGACAGCCCAGCGACUACAACAUCCCCAGCUGAUGUCUGCCUCUACAACCGCGGUCAAGAGUGCGAGUUCAACCGCUUCAAAGACCACAGCGACACUCUCUGCAUCUGGGCCGCCAUCUUCACCGGCACAACAUGGAAAGAAUCCCGCGAAGAUUAUCCCUACCAAGAUGGUCCUUACCAAUGCGCUGCUAUCUGCCAGACUCUGAAGAACUGUGAAUCCUCGGGCUACUACUCCACUGAGAACCGCUGCCUCUUUACAUCCAAGAAGCUCCAGCGUUCCGACAUGAUUUCUCAUGAAGAUAGACCAUUUGAUCACUCCGUCUGGAGUCAUAACUCCUGCUGGACAUGUCCAACCUGCUCUGAGACCGCCGCUCUCCCUGCCACGAGAUACUGCUCGUACGACCAGGGCGAUAGCUGCCGCGCUGUGUCAGGCAAGCCCGGCGCUUUGUGCAAUUACCAAGGCUUCUGGGGGGCGUAUAACCAAUGGGAUCUUGCGAGGUUUCCUGACCAGAGCUCACCUGAAAAGUGCGCGGCUAUUUGUAUGGCGUUGGAUUACUGUGUUGCGUCUGGGUAUAAGGAUGAUAGGUGUAUGUUUUCGUUCAGGGAGCUCAAGGUGGCAGACUUUACGGACUGGCCUGAUCACUCGAGGGAUGGAACCUGGAGUGAUAACUCUUGCUUUGAGUGUCCUGGCUGUACCGCCUAA